AUGGAUACAGAAGAGCCACACCAGAUGGAUACAGAGGAGCCACACCAACGGCUAAAAUAUGAGCAGAGAAGCCACUACUCGUCACCGAGGAUUCACCAACGCAAUCAGCAACCGCCCUACAACAUUGGGAACAAAAUGAAAGAGACAACGGGUGAGCCACCACUUCGGCACACCGGAGAUCCCACCAUUGCUGUCGUUGACGAGAAACAGAAAAAGGAAAACCACCUCCUUGGAUUGAUUGGAGACGGAGACACGUCUUCAAAACCUCCACGACUGCCAAUACGACCAGAUCUGACGAACCCCUCAUCUAAGACCUACCUAAGACAGAGAUCGGUGCACCACGCCGGAGGAAGGAGCCAAGCCGCCACACUCCACCUCCGCACCAAUCUUCCACAACAGUGA